GUUAAAUCUUAAACAUGCUUUUGCCCCAAUUUAUCUACGUAUUGGGCAUAAUUGGGAUUGUCACAGCAGAUAAUAUUAUGCAGAAAGCUAUAAAAGCAUUUGCUGAUUCAAAUUUUGUUACCUGCCAUAUUCUCCUUUUCACAUAUUCUGAUUCGUUCAGAGAGCAAAAAAUGUUACAAGAGUUUUACCAAGUAGCAAUUCAAAAUAACUUCAUACCAACUGCUCUGGAAAAUAUGAAUGAUGACCAAAGAAGAAAUGGUUCUACCUCUAUUCGAAGAGAUUGUGUCAAACCACUUCGAUCAUUCAUUAUGGGAAAUGUAACAUACAUUGCAGAAUACAUGAUAGCAGAGAAAAGAAAAGGAAAUAUUGCAACAGAUAUAUGGUUGUUAUUUGUUGCAAAUGACUUUGAUCAAGAAUUGAUAAUCUCUCAAGUAGAACUCUCCAUCAGCAGUGAGGUCUAUAUUGUGAGAAGAACACCCAACGGUUAUAAGUUUUGGGAAAUUUAUCGCCCUACAAAAAAUAAUCCUGUUCGAGUAAUCUACCAUGGUGAUUGGAGCUUUGCCGGAGGUUUCAAAACUACGCAACAAAGCAAAAUACAACGACGAUGGGAUUUUGGGGGUGCAGUUUUUCGCGCUGCAGCAGUUGACAUGAAAUCAUAUAAAAAUUUAGACCUCAUUAGAACAGUUAAAGUACUUGCAACUUUAUGGCAGACAUUAGAAAAAGAAUUCAACUUUACGUGA